AUGGAGAGCGAAUCGGAGAUGGUAGCUUUCCCGUUGCUAUUGACGCCGAUCGAAUCAAAUUACAGAGCCUGCACCAUUCCUUACCGCUUCCCAUCAGACAAUCCUAAGAAACCAACCCCUACUGAACUCCAGUGGAUUGACCUCUUUCUCAGUUCCAUUCCCUCCUUCAAGAAACGUGCUGAAAGUGAUUCUACUGUUCCUGAUGCUCCUGUUAGAGCUGAAAAAUUUGCUCAAAGGUAUGGUGAAAUACUGGAGGACUUGAAGAAAGAUCCAGAAAGCCAUGGUGGCCCUCCCGAUUGCAUUCUUCUCUGCAGACUGCGGGAGCUGAUCCUUAGAGAGUUGGGAUUUACAGAUAUAUUCAAGAAAGUCAAGGAAGAAGAGAAUGCAAAGGCUAUUUCACUAUUUAAGGAUGUAGUUCAGCUUAAUGAUGCUAUUGAAGAUGAGGCCAAACGCUUAGAAAAUCUUGUCAGAGGAAUAUUUGCUGGGAAUAUAUUUGACCUUGGUUCUGCAGAGCUUGCUGAGGUUUUCUCAAGGGAUGGAAUGUCCUUUUUGGCUAGUUGUCAAAAUCUUGUCCCUCGACCCUGGGUCAUCGACGACUUGGACACCUUUAAAGUGAAAUGGAGCAAGAAAUCAUGGAAAAAGGUUGUCAUCUUUGUUGAUAAUUCCGGUGCAGAUAUAAUUUUGGGUAUUUUGCCCUUUGCAAGAGAGCUAAUGCGACGUGGAACUCAGGUUGUUUUGGCUGCCAAUGACAUGCCUUCUAUCAAUGACGUCACUUACACUGAACUGAUAGAGAUUAUAGCAAAGUUGAAGGAUGAAAACGGACAGCUCAUGGGUGUUGACACAUCAAAUCUUUUUAUAGCCAAUUCUGGAAAUGAUUUACCGGUUAUUGAUCUUACAAGAGUAUCCCAAGUACUAGCCUAUCUAGCAAGUGAUGCAGACCUAGUAGUAUUGGAAGGAAUGGGUCGUGGGAUAGAGACAAAUCUUUAUGCUCAAUUUAAGUGCGACUCUCUCAAGAUUGGGAUGGUGAAACAUCCAGAGGUUGCUCAGUUCCUUGGAGGACGGCUUUACGAUUGUGUUUUCAAGUACAAUGAAGCCGUGAGUUAA